AUGGAGCAAUCGAAUUAUUUUUCUGGAAUGCUCCGCACAAUAGCUGUCACUGCUGCAACUGUUGACGAGCAGAUCAAACCAGAUCAAACGAAUGAAGCCGCAUUUAUUAGUGAGAAGAAAGUGAGAAUAUCGCCGAUGGUGUUGCGCGACCAAUGUGCCGAAUAUAAUAAGAAGUCGAUAAAUCUCGAGCAAACUAUUCAAAUUAUAAAGGAGAGACUUCAAAAGGUGCAAAGUCAAAAUGUGCUCGUCGAUGGGCAUGUUAGCGAGCCGAGCAAGAGCAAGGAGGAGCCAAAGAAUGAAAUAAAAUCAACUACUUCCAUAUUUUCUCCAAUUUCAAUUAAAGAUUCAACAACAAUCAAAGAAAUUCUAACUGCGAAUGGUCAAGUAAGACGGUCUCGAAAACGGCGUGUUACAUGA